AUGACGACAAGGAGAAGCGAAGCCAUUAAGCUCGAAUCCUGUUCGCCGACAAGCGUGAGAAGCCGAGCGUCACAGCCCGCUUUUGUCACGUUUACCGAAAGGAAGCUCCUGACGAAAGAAGAAAGGCUACAGGAGGAAGAACAAAAGAAGGCAACGUCCUACGAACGGAUUUUUGAGCAGUAUUCAUCGGCCAGGCUCAUAACGUUGAGCGAGACGGCUAUAGAGUGUAUAAAUGAAUUUAUCGAUCGGAACCACUGCGUGUUUUGUGAGAGGAGAAUUCGUGUUUCGGCGAAAAAUCGCAUGGCUGACGAAUUGGAAAUGGCGUGCAUAGCCCAUUUGCUCCUGCAACACCCAGAGAGUGAUGUGACCAGAGAAGUCAUCGCGCACAAAAGGUACAUACUAUAUCGUCGUCAUGAUCCGAACACGCUGCCGUAUCCGUUUCGUCUGGAGAUCCCCGAGCACUGGGAGAAAGUGUUGACCUGCUCAUCCUGCUUAACAGAACCAAUAAAAAAGAAGACAUUGUGCGACCUAAUGAUUCAUUGGAAAUCGUGCCUGGUGUCUGCUAACAGGCCCAAAGUGGUGGUUACGAGAAAUGGAUCAACGUACUUUCGCUCGACCGCGGCAAGCAACCCGAUAGUUGAUCAUGCCAUGGAUAAAAAACUCGCCAAGCAGGCAAUAUUGAAGGAGACUGAUCAGAAAUUGAGCACCAGUCGUGGUCUGUGUUCAUUAUGUAAUACCAAAUGGAAGCGAUCUCAAGUGAUUCCCGACGAGGUCAGCUGUUUGUUCCAUCUGAUCAUCGCCCAUAGCGAUCAACCGGAAUAUGCCAUGGAAUUAGGAGAAGAGAUUCAAGCUGUCGAUGCCUUUCCGUUUUUGGAUGUUGCAGCAUCUAUUGAGGCAACUACAGCGGCCGGAUCAGUGGUAUUACGAUGUUCGAAAUGCAGCUUUCGCUCGAGGUUCGAUGGAAGCAAUUUCUAUCGUCACGCAACUCGCGAACAUAUGGAUCGGGAUGAACGAUGGCUGACUGGAAAGCUUGGUGUGACCAAGUGUUCUUUCGGUUGCACACUACGCCACAGAUCUGAGUCGAAAUGCAUCUCGCCGUCCGAAUAUAUGCUUAUCCAUUUGGCGAUGAGUCACACAUUGGAGCAGCCGAAGAAAACGAGGAAGCGGUUAAUAAAGCUGAUUGACAAGUCCCCGCCAUCCACAAUGAUCGACCUCAAGCGAACGUUGAAGGCCGUGACCGCUGGUAAACCGCGUGUAUAUUGCGGAAUUUGUCAAGAAAAGGGUUAUCGCCUCAGCAGCUUUCUCAAACAUUUGAGACACCACGCUGCCCCGGUGCCUGAAUCUGAAUUCCGUUGCCGAAGGCGGCUCGAGGAGGUCAAGGUGGAAUCGCAGAAGCUUGAAGAAUACUCGGGUGCCUCAAGCGCGUCG